CCAUCUAGAGUUAGGGUUAUUUAACGCACGUCAGCUAGUGAGUGAAAAUCCAAUUGAUGUAGUGGAUUAGAAAUCUCGAGAGAAGUUACAUUGAGUCUCUAUACGAAAAUAACGCUAUAGAACAAUUUUCGAAUGAUGAGAAUGAGCGAGAUGAUGUUCAUUAGAGAAAAUCUUGAGGGAAUGGAAAUGUUCUAUGGUUGAUGUGGAUUGGCCACUCGUAAUCUAUGGAAAAAACUCAAAAUUAUUUAUAAAGAAAUAUUACGUGUAGGUACUCGGAAAACAAAUAUUUAUUAGAAUAACAUAGAAAAUUAUUUAUUAUUUGAAUGAGUAAAUAAUUAUAAUUAUUGUUAACUAAUUAUCAUAAACAAUAAUAAUGAAUUAUCCAAUAAUUUAUCUCUCAUCAGUUAUCUCUCACGAACCAAAAGAAAAAAGAAAGAAACAUGUGGAGGAAGAAUUCUGAAAAGGAAAGAAGACUGUGCAAAUAGUAGGCAGUAGGCACUUUGGUUAGAAAAGCAAACGGAGAAGAGUAAAGAAAUUUAAAAAAUGAACAAAACAGAUUAGAAGAAACCGCUCCACUGGGAAGAAGAAAACAUAAAAAAUUACAGUAUGAUUAAUCGAAACUAAAAGUGUAGUGUCAUGAAUCAACAUUCGCCACGAAAUUGUUAUGCUAAAUUAAUUGGAUCCUCCUCCCCUGCAGCACUGCUUGUUACUUUAAUGUGGCAAUUGCAUUAGGCGAAGUCAAAGUAGUUGUAAUUGGUAGGCAAGGAAUAAGGGAUUGAAAAGGAAAAAAGACAGCAGUCAUUGAAAGGGGCAAAUAAAUUGGAACUUUAAUCUAUGUAGAUGUGGAAUUACCUGUGGGAAUCCAGAUCACUUGUUGGAAAUAAGAAUGUAGACGACGUUGCUGGUAUGUUGAGCGCAGUCGGCGGCGGGAACUUUGUGGGUUGGCCGUGCGGUGCACAAAAUAAUGAGGUUCUAGCGGAAAAGGGAGAGAACGGUCGGCGGAUGGGGAAUCCUGGGUCUGCAGAACAAAUGACUGAAUAUUUUGAGGGUCGAUCGCGGCAGGGUUAAAAGGAAAUUGGGAGGCCGGCAUCGGCGCGGAAUAGGGAUUUUUACCGUACACGGAGAUGAAAUUGAGAAGGAAUUAGUGGUCUGGGCAGGACGGGAGUUUGUGGGCGAUAAGGAAAAAAAAAAUAAUACUUUACCAAAAAACUAAAGGGCCCAGUAAGGGGAAAAAGAGAGCGGGUAACGUGGAAGGUUGUGCGUCAAAUGCAGGGUACGUGGCAUGGGGGCAAAUAUCAAACUGCUUUAAUGUUUUUAGAGAAGAUAUGACAAGUUUUAUCAGUAUAACAUUUCUACUUAAUCAAAAACAAAAUUGACGAAAUUAGACUAAUUGACAAAUUUGUGACCAAAAGAACAAUUUGAUGAUUGAUAUGAUUAUAACACCAAAUUACAGUGACCGUUUCGGAGUUUUAACCAACUUCUCCGAGAGACUGGAUCAAGAAAGAGGGAGAGUUUUCUACCAAAAAAAAAAAAAAAAAGAAAGAGGGAGAGAGAAAAUCAAACAUCCGCUGAUCCGCAGCCAUUUUUCCGGGAAAUACAAACUCUUCCACUAGCAGAAAAGAGAAGAUGGGGAGCUCAUCAAACGACGAUUUUUCAGUGUUCGUCCUGGCGUCGGAUUUGGGCGUAGACGCCACUCCAUUCUUGACCAACCAGCCUAAACAAAGAUCCGGCCAAGGAGAUGACGAAGAAACCGACGAGAACUGGCAAGAUUGCUCGCAGUACCUCGUCUCCGACGAAGAUUUCUCCGACCUCGAUCUCCUCCAGUUCUUCUCCCUCCAGGGCUCCGACCGUUCUGGGAGUCGCAUCUUCCGCAUCGUCGGCAAGCACUUCCCGGCUCAAGUUGUGAGUGCAGAGAGGCUGAAGAAGUACAUUUUCCACAAAAUAUGCAGUGAGUUGCCUGAAGGACCAUUCUGUAUCAUUUACAUGCACAGCACGGUGCAGAAGGACGACAACUCCCCGGGGAUAACAGUUCUGAGGUGGAUAUACGAGGAGCUUCCUGGGAACUUCAAGGACAGACUCCAAACUGUGUACUUCAUCCACCCCGGUCUCAGGUCAAGGCUUGCAAUCGCCACCCUUGGUCGACUCUUCUUAAGUGGAGGCUUGUAUUGGAAGAUCAAAUAUGUGAGCCGCCUUCAGUAUCUGUGGGCAGACAUUAAGAAAGGGGAACUCGAGGUCCCUGAUUUCGUGCAAGAUCAUGAUGAUGUGCUCGAGGAUAGGCCUCUGACGGAUUAUGGGAUCGAGCCAGACCCGUUUCAUCUCAGUGCAGCGACUGCCAACCCUAUCUCCUUGGGGAGAUACGAAGAGCGAUGGGCGUCAAGGGAAUUCGCCCUUUAAGUUGUUUCGGGGUCUUAUUGUGUGCGCCGAAACUGUAAAUAUCAAGUGUGUUUCCUUGCGUUGGUGUACCGUGUUCAAGAAGUUAUAAGCUACUGGUUUAGCUGCUCUAUAUGUAACAGUCAAACUCUGAUCAAUGCAUGGGCUCAAUGCAUGGGCUCUUUAUGUUAGUGUGUGGUAUAUGAUCAAAGAUUGAAUAUCUCUCAACAAUUCGAGUUAUUGUGAUCAACUGGUUCUUGACGCUCUCAACAAUUCGAGUUAUUGUGAUCAACUGGUUCUUGACGCUCUCAACAAUUCGAGUUAUUGUGAUCAACUGGUUCUUGACGCUGUAUUGGGUAUAGACAAAUUUUCUACUUUGGUCCUUGGUAUUCGAAAUUGCUAUUCUAGUCUAAACUAUGUAGCAUAUUUCCUUAUUUGGCCCGGAGGUGGGUUUGACCGUAAAAUUAGACGGUCAAUUGGGUUGAUUGUUAGUCAAGGUGCACCUCACUUGCCACGUCGGCAAGUCAGCUAUCUGAGAAUAAUUUUCUCUCUUUUUUAAUUUCUGGAUUUUGUUUACGAAUCCAAUAAUAAAGUUCUGUUCUCAUGACCUGGUUGCAAGACCUUUGGCCAAGUCAAUCCAAUUCAACAUCAGACCAAAUUGAUACAAACUGGCCGUCUCCAUAUUGACAUCAAAAGAAAUACCAUCUCAAUUU